CAGCAGCGCCGCACACAAUUGCCCAAAACCAAACCACAUCACAUCUUCUUCACUCGACCAACCUCGACAUCACGCAAUACCGCCAUCAUGAUGAAUUUGGUCCUCGCGCUGCUCCUCCAGCUGUCUAUGUUCAUGCUUGCCGAGGCAGCUCCCAUGACGGUGCAGUCAGCUAAGCCGUGGCAAGCUGGUACCGGCGGUGGCAUCAUUGGAUUCAUCGUCCUUGUUCUCGACAUCAUUGCCUGGAUCGAAAUCUUCAAGUCCAACCGCCCCGUCCCCAACAAGGUGCUUUGGGCACUCGUCGUCUUCCUCUUCCCCGUCGUCGGCAUGAUCAUUUACUACCUCUUCUCCAACCGUCAAGCUCACAACACCUACGAGCCUAUUCCCGCAUAA